CGAGCGGAUCUGACAGGCGCAAUCAGCUGGCGGAUCUGCGCGAGCCUGGGCGGGAGCAGAGGAACAGUGGCGGAAAACAACAUUUACCCGAGAGCUUAUCAUUGUUUGCUGAAUUUAGUGGAAACACCGUUAGAUUAUGUAUUUUGUGUUUUCGCAUCGUGGCAACCGUUUGGGGACUUGAAAUAUAUUCAGCCAUUCGAAAACCAUAUAGGCUAUCGAUUAUAUUGGCGUUUAGAAAAGUGACAUCGAUUGUCCGCCGUUAAUCGACGGAAUCACUGGACGGAAGACGGUUUGAGAGGCCAGAGAGAAGGUGGAUGAAGAAAACAGCCUUGGUUUAAUGUCGCUGCGCCUAUCAUAAUCUGAAACAUUGGCAUCCUCGACGCCUGCUAGAUGAGACCAUCUUUGCCAUGGCAUUUGUCCUGAAAGACAUGGAAAAACCCUAAAAAUCAAAAACGCUCAACGUUCAUCAUUACUGCGGAUUUAAAUGCCUCUCGCGAAUGGACACCGACCCGCUAUUUCGGUCCAGUUUGUGCGUGCGGCGUUUUCCACUGUAGCGGAAAUCUGAACUAGAUUGCAAUAAACAGUUUAGUGCGUGCGGGUGACAAUAAUAUAGGACGCGAAGGGGGGUAUUUUUGUUUCAAGCAAUAUGGCUGGUGAGUGGGGCUGGGGACGCUGGCACAGGCUCUCCAAGGCUCCUAGAUGCUAGCUGAGCCGGAUGCCACCGUUCUCCAUGGAAGCGGCAACUCUAUGAUGAGUAGAAAUAUCUAUCAUAAUAAAAAUCAGGACUCCUCGAUCUCUAUAUCCAAGAUGGACGUGAUCAUCCCCUUCUCACCAGACGUGCCCUGCGACAAUAAUGGCCAACGCAUGUGGUGGGCAUUCCUUGCCUCCUCUAUGGUGACGUUUUUCGGGGGUCUCUUCAUCAUUCUCCUUUGGAGGACCCUUAAAUACCUGUGGACCGUGUGCUGCCACUGCAACACCAAAAAGAAGGAGGUUCAGAAGGUGAAUAAUCCUGCUAACAGUCAGGCAGCAGAUGGGACACCUAAGGGUCCUGAUGAGAAGGACGAAGUGGUACCUGCCAGCGAGGUGGGGUGGAUGACCUCUGUGAAGGACUGGGCCGGGGUCAUGAUAUCAGCACAGACACUCACCGGCAGAGUCCUGGUCGUGCUCGUCUUUGCUCUCAGCAUUGGAGCACUUGGAAUAUACUUUAUAGACUCUUCUGAUCCCAUAGAAUCCUGUCAGAAUUUCUACAAAGAUUUCACGUUACAGAUCGACAUGUUCUUCAAUGUCUUCUUCCUUCUCUACUUUGGGCUGCGGUUCAUAGCAGCCAAUGAUAAGCUGUGGUUCUGGCUGGAGGUCAACUCAGUGGUGGACUUCUUCACUGUUCCUCCUGUCUUCGUAUCGGUCUACUUGAAUAGGAGCUGGCUGGGCUUAAGAUUCCUGAGAGCCUUGAGAUUGAUACAGUUCUCAGAAAUUUUACAGUUUUUGAAUAUCUUAAAAACAAGCAAUUCCAUCAAGCUGGUGAACCUGUGUUCCAUCUUCAUAAGCACAUGGCUAACAGCUGCCGGAUUCAUACAUUUGGUGGAAAACUCAGGGGAUCCUUGGGAAAACUUCCAAAAUUCCCAGUCACUUUCCUAUUGGGAAUGUGUCUACUUGCUCAUGGUCACUAUGUCAACAGUGGGCUACGGGGAUGUCUAUGCAAAAACCACCCUGGGACGCCUGUUCAUGGUCUUCUUCAUCCUUGGGGGUUUGGCCAUGUUUGCCAGCUACGUCCCUGAAAUCAUAGAGUUAAUAGGAAACCGCAAGAAAUAUGGUGGUUCCUAUAGUGCGGUUAAUGGGAGAAAGCACAUUGUGGUCUGUGGUCAUAUAACGCUCGAAAGUGUCUCCAACUUCCUCAAAGACUUCCUACACAAGGACAGGGAUGAUGUCAAUGUAGAAAUUGUUUUUCUCCAUAAUAUUUCCCCUAAUCUUGAGCUGGAAGCCUUGUUCAAACGCCACUUUACCCAAGUGGAGUUCUACCAGGGAUCUGUUCUCAACCCUCACGAUCUGGCCCGAGUGAAGAUUGAGUCAGCAGACGCCUGUCUGAUUCUGGCUAAUAAAUACUGUCCAGAUCCCGAUGCUGAAGAUGCCUCUAACAUCAUGAGGGUCAUCUCUAUCAAGAACUAUUCCCCCAAGAUACGAAUUAUCACUCAAAUGUUACAAUACCAUAACAAGGCUCACCUGCUCAACAUUCCUAGCUGGAACUGGAAGGAGGGUGAUGAUGCGAUCUGUCUAGCAGAGCUGAAGGCUGGCUUCAUAGCUCAGAGCUGUCUGGCCCAGGGCCUCUCCACCAUGCUGGCCAAUCUCUUCUCCAUGAGGUCUUUCAUCGAGAUUGAAGAGGAUACGUGGCAGAAGUACUAUUUAGAAGGGGUAGCUAAUGAGAUGUACACAGAGUAUCUGUCCAGUGCCUUUGUGGGGCUCUCCUUCCCAGCAGUCUGUGAGCUGUGCUACGUGAAGCUGAAGCUGUUGCUUAUCGCCAUCGAGAACAAGUCGGAGCUGGGAGAGAGCAGAAGCCGAAAGCGCAUCCUCAUCAACCCGGGGAACCACGUAAAGAUGCAGGAAGGAACUCUGGGGUUCUUCAUCGCCAGUGACGCCAAAGAAGUAAAGAGAGCAUUUUUCUACUGCAAAGCUUGUCACGACGACAUCACAGACCCCAAACGGAUCAAAAAGUGCGGCUGCAAACGACUGAUUUAUUCCAAAUAUAAGUAUAAUGGAUAUGUCAGAUCACCAGAGGGCGCUACAACACCAGGGAUAACGGGAAGUCAAAAAGAGACCGGCGUUCGGUUCAAAGCAGAUUGCAAUUUAGUGAAGGAUGAAGUUAGAUCAUCUUUACAAAACCGAUCGAUAAAAAUUGCCAACUGCACCUCACCGCCCUCCACCAUCACCUCUAAUGCCAUGCGCCCCCAAGCACUGCCUCGCCCCUCCCUCCACCAGGACCCCCCGGUCCCCCAGGGAGAGGUCACCGCCGUACCCCUCGUUAAUAACCGUAAAGGAAGCCUGCUUCCUCCAGGGGUGGGGCUGGGUUUUGGGCCCCAUGGGGGGUUCCGCCUCAGUAUCUCAGGCCCCGGCAGGGGGGACACGGCGGGCAGGGCCCUGGCCGAACAGAGCAGGCUGAACCGGGCCCGCAGCCUGCCGGUGAAAUACUGUUACCACCCCAGUAACGCAUCUCUGCACGGCCACAGCAGCAGGGCCUGUAGGUUGACCCCCUUAGCAGGAUGCAUCAGUCCCUGUCAGUCCCUAACACCCUGUACUGUCACCCUGCGUCCGUCGCCUGCCUGCAUCAGGCAUGACCCUCUACUAAUCCCUGGGAACGAGCAGAUGGAGAACAUGGACAUGAAUGUGAAGCAGUAUGACUCCACGGGAAUGUUCCACUGGUGCCCAUCUAAAGAGAUUGAGAAGGUCAUCCUGACCCGGAGUGAGGCAUCCAUGACGGUGUUGAGCGGCCAUGUAGUGGUCUGUAUAUUUGGAGAUGUCACGUCCGCUCUAGUGGGGCUGCGAAACUUGGUGAUGCCUUUGAGAGCCAGCAACUUCCAUUAUCACGAGCUGAAGCCCAUAGUGUUUGUGGGCUCGCUGGAGUACCUGAGGAGAGAGUGGGAAACCCUACACAACUUCCCCAAGGUCUCCAUACUACCUGGUACGCCAUUAAGUCGUGCAGAUUUAAGGGCUGUCAACAUCAACCUCUGCGACAUGUGCGUGAUACUGUCGGCCAAUCAGAACAAUAUCGACGACGCCUCGCUGCAGGAUAAGGAAUGCAUUCUGGCGUCGCUCAACAUCAAGUCUAUGCAGUUUGACGACAGCAUCGGGCUCUUGCAGGCUAACUCCCAAGGUUUCACGCCUCCUGGAAUGGACCGGUCAUCUCCAGACAGCAGUCCAGUACAUGGUUUAGCACGCCAGGCCUCCGUCACCACUGGCGCCAACAUCCCCAUCAUCACUGAACUAGCUAAACCUGGCAAAAUACUGCCUUUGGUUUCAUUCAGUCAGGAAAAAAACUGUGGAAUCAACAUACAAAUGAUAACUGAGCUGGUGAACGACUCCAACGUUCAGUUCCUGGACCAAGAUGAUGAUGAUGACCCGGACACAGAGCUGUACCUGACACAGCCCUUCGCCUGCGGAACCGCCUUCGCUGUCAGCGUGCUGGACUCUCUCAUGAGUGCAACAUACUUCAACGAUAAUAUCCUCACCCUAAUCCGGACGCUGGUGACUGGGGGAGCCACCCCGGAGCUAGAGGCUCUAUUGGCCGAAGAGAACGCCCUGCGAGGGGGCUACAGCACGCCACAGACACUGGCCAACCGAGACAGGUGUCGUGUAGCCCAGCUAGCCCUCUAUGACGGGCCCUUUGCCGACUUGGGGGACGGCGGUUGCUAUGGAGAUUUGUUUUGUAAAGCGUUGAAGACGUACAACAUGUUGUGCUUCGGAAUCUACAGAUUGAGAGACGCUCACCUCGCCACGCCUAGCCAGUGUACCAAACGGUAUGUGAUCACCAACCCUCCGUAUGAGUUUGAGCUGGUCCCCACAGACCUGAUCUUCUGCCUGAUGCAGUUUGACCACAACGCAGGCCAGUCCCGGGCCAGCCUCUCCCACAGCUCUCACUCCUCCCAUUCCUCCAGCAAAAAGAGCUCGUCCGUCCACUCCAUCCCCACCACCAACCGGCAGAACCGCAGCAGCAAGGCCCGGGAGGCCGGCCACAAACAGAAUGCAACAAGGAUGAAUAGAAUGAGCCAAGAAAGGAAAUGGUUUACAGAUGAACCAGAAAAUGCCUACCCACGGAACAUUCAGAUCAAGCCCAUGAGCACUCACAUGGCCAACCAAAUCAACCAAUACAAAUCCACUAGCAGUCUGAUUCCACCAAUCAGAGAAGUUGAAGAUGAAUGCUGAAAACCAGGCCCCCUUGAUGACUCGUGAGAAGUCUGGACGCUCUUUCGAAAGGAGAGAAAGAGAGAUGACAAACGGGGAUGAUGAUGUUGAUUCAUUGGUCCCCACUCAUUCUACAGAUCAAGGGUUUGACAUAAACACCACAACUUGAAGGGACCUCCUAUGUGUAUACCUUUAAUGUUACUUCCAUGCUCUACAAUGGACAAUGUUUUAUUUAUCAAUCUUCCAUAGAGAUGUACAUAAUGACAAUCAAAUAAGGAUUGUUCAUCCCCCUAGCACUUUUUGAAAUUAUUUUAAGAGUUGAAAAAAGAGAAGAAAAAGUACUUCCUGUCAUUAUUUGCAAUAGUUCACAUCUUUGUGUGACCACACUCCAUGGCUACUGUAGCUGAGGUUACUACUUGUUGUUGGAGGAUGAGGGCCGCGGCAGUUUUCUCAUCACAAUAUCAUGACAUCUCCAAAAGUUCCACAAAACUGGCUGGGGUUCACUGCUCACCACUCAUACUCCCAAUCUGCUUCUGUUCUAUUUGCACAAAAACUAACCACCUUCUUUUGCAACAUGACGACUUGAAACAUUGACAUCACCCCAAAACAACUACCAUCACAGAAAAUGUCAGCUUUUUGGUUGUUGAUUCACUGAAUGAAAGAAAAGCUGCUUGUCAUUUGGAGAGAUGUACUGUGGUAAUGUGGAAAGAUCCAUUACGUCACUGCUUAGGGUAUGCUACUGUAUGUCAUCACACUGUUGAGUAAUCAAUUAAUGCAUUCCAGUCCUGUAGAAUGGGAUCAUAUUGAAAAUCAGGUGUCUUGAGACUCAGAGUACAGUAAGAGACAGUUCUGGGAUAAGCUGGCUGACAGAGUAUAUAGCUACGCUGUACCUACAUCUGUUCGGGUGAUAUCACAAUGAAUAUGGAUGAUAAUGAUGUCUAUGACAGCGUUUCAAGCUCCUAUCAUCGCAUGGUAUGUCCCUGAGCCCUUCUAUAACAAUAGAGCGCAGAUGAUCACCUUAAACUGAAAACAUAAAAGGGAUGAAAGAACAACCUUGUCCUAUCCCUUAUGUGCAAACAUGAAAGGGGUGAAUGGACAACCUUGUCUCGUCCCUGGUGAAAACAUGAAUGGGGUGAAAAGACAGCCUUCUCUUCUCCCUUGUGUGGACAGACGAUGCAUAUGGUAUGUACAUGCAAUGUGUGUACUGUACAUGGCAGCGACGUGUCCCCUCAGUAAGAACAUUGGUGGUACAUCUGAGUUAAAUGCACACAUUGGUAUCAUCAUCAUCUCUCCAUCAGUGUGUCUGUGAUGGUGGUUCAGCCUCUGGGGGAGCAUCAUGUGGGAUCAAGGCUACAAUCAUCCAAGACAAAUAGGAACUAGAUCUGUCUGGGGUUGCGGAUCAACUAAUGAACUAAUUAAACACGUUUCUAUACUUAGUCACAUCACCGGUAAUACACCAACUAUGAUUGAGCUGAACAUUUUUUUACAAACAUUAGCUGUGUGCCCUAAAACUUUAGGGAAAGCUUUUAAGUCCAAACCUUUGCCAUGAUAUCUUUGGCGAAAAUUGGGAUUUAAGAAUGAAAAAAAUGAGCAUAUUAUUUGAAUGUUUUUUGUUUGUUGAGACAUUUGGAGAAGCAAUGCCACAUAUUGCGUAAAUUGGGCAUCAAUGGGUCCUCCUUUGACCAGAGCCACUGCCUGGCACAGGGUUGGUAACGGAGGCAGUAAAGAGCUUGGAUGUUCUCCGCUGCCAAUCCUGAUGUCAUCAUAACACCUCUAAACUCUAUGUAGGUAAACGUUAGGGAACAGCUCAAUCAUAGUUUGGUUUAAAACGAUGCCGCUGAUGACUAUGAAGAAUGCUGGAGAAUACUGCCUGUGUUCUUCAUGUUAUCCUGGUCAAGGCUCAAGUGUGUGUUCAAAAUGGACCGAUUUUUUUUUUUAUCCAAAAGCAACCCAGACAGAGCUGCAGCCUUGGAAAUGAGAGGGUAUGGAGUCACAGAUGAUCCAACUAAAAACUAAACCUGGCUACUUUAUAUAAACAAACAUGAUUAUUUUAUAUCCAUAUGAGCAUAAUACAUUUCUGCUUAUUAGUACACAUGACCUAGUGAAUAAUGCUUUAUGAAAGUAAUCCAUUAUUAAUAUUACCAGGCCUAUAAUUGCAUAUAAAAAUUUUAUUCCCAAAUUAAUUGCUUUAUUAAACAUAAUCUUACCAAAAUGAUUAAUAUAAAUUCUGAAAUACUUAUAAUUAGACAUGCAUCAUUGAAGAACAGUAGUCCUCUCCUCUUUGCAACAAAGACCAUCCCUGAAAGUAUAUUCAUUAUUAAAAGUCAAUAUUGUGUAGGAUAUUACCUAAAUUUAACUCUAAGCUUUUGUCUUAACUGUUGAGUGCUCCUUAAAACGUAGAUGGGCUUAGUUGAAGGAUCUCUGUAGCUGUAUUGGUAAACCUUAUCGCUGUGUAUAAGACUGCUCAUUUUCAUCGACAAGUGAAUACGAAUACAGAUGUGUGAGUCAAACAGAAAUGGGAUAAAACAAUUCAAAACAAACUUGAGUUUCAAUGGGUGUAAGUAAUACCCAGACAGAGCCAAUCGGAAAGGUGCAUGAAGCUGGAUCUGAGGCGUUUCGCCAUUUGUUCUCUUCUGAGGGGGAAACUGUGUGACCUUCACUAUCAAUGAUUGACCUAAAUUAGGUCUCUUUCUAAGGAGAGAUACACUGAAGUAUUUAUGUGCGUGUAUACUGUAUACUGUCAUUCUCCAUGGACAUGUUUCAAACUAUGUGACAGAGAGAGAUUGUUAGACCAUCAUCAGGUUGUUUGCAGUGAACAGAUAGCCAUGAUAAUAUAGACAAAAUAUCAUGUAUUUCUAAAGACCUGUCGUUCGCGAGAACCCCUCCCCAAAUAUUUCUGUCUAAAUAUGUUGUGUAAAUUCCUCCCAUUAUAUAGAUCACAUGACUUUCUGAAGCAAAAUGACCUGAGCUUUCUGUCUGUCUAUUGGGUGUGUUGCAACUCUACUGUGGGGCUCAUUGACAUUGUCCUGGGGUGAACUUUUGAAUUGUGAUUACAUUGUCGUCACACUUUGUAGCAAGUAGAAUUAUUUUCAGAAAAUAUGUGAGUAAAAAUCAAUGUAUAAUUGGGUUGUUAAUAAUAUACUUGCUAGCCUGAAAAAUAAGGAAUUGAUAUUUGAUACUGACAAUGACUUAAUUCAUUAUACAUAGUAUUCACAAAGGACAAAAUUAUUAUUUUGCCAUAUAUGGAAAAAAAGAAAAACUAGACUUUUGAAAUUAAAGAUCCUUAUCCACAUUGCAACAAUAAAAUGGAAAGAGUAGGUGUAAUUUGACCUGGUAAUAUCAACCAUCACAGAGAUGCAGACAUAGGGUAGCACCAAUUCAGCAAGGCUUAUCACAAUAAAGAGAGGACAUACUUAAUUUUACUGUUCUUGUUAAAAUAGUUUUUUCUUAUUAGGUUUACAUUCCAUUUUGUCAGCUCUAGUCAAUUAUGUUACCAUAGUAAUAUCCAUGGAUUGUUUGAAACUGUCACUACUGCUUAUUGAUUGUUUACAGAGUUUUCUUUUUUUGUAUUCAGAAGUACUUAAAUACCACUUUACUCAGAAAUCAAAUGGUACAAAUCACAACCCAAAGCAGACACAUACUUACAGAAUAGUCCAUUUCAUUGUAUCUAAAUGUUUUAUUUUUUUUUCAAUACGUGUACCCACAAUUUGUGUGAAUGGUUUGACUCAAACUGGGAAAAAAAUCACAACACUGGACUGAAACCUGUUCUGAAACCUGUUCUUACAUUCUAAGGUUUUUAAGCUUUAUCUCUUUCCAGCGCAAAUACUCCACAAAUCUAAGGUACUGCUCUAUACCAUAUCAUACGUUUGUAUUAGAUGUUGAAGUCUUUGCAAUGUACGCCUCUAAAGUUUUAGAGUGUUUUGAAGUGCCAUGAAAAGUGUUGUUGAACAAGCAUCGUUCAGUCAUUCACAGACUCACUCACUUAUUCAGAAUGAGUAAGGAUUGAGUUAGUUCCUCUCAGAAAGGGAAGUAAAUGUAUACGAGUAUGGCAUCUUAUACUGGCAUGGGGAACAUCCAAGCCAUCAAUGCCUCUAUGCCAGUAGAGUGCCAGGCAGUGCUGUAGGUCUAAAGGAGGGCCUGUUUGAAGACCCACUAUAGCAAAAAGUGGCAUUGAAAAGGAGGGAAGGGUACAUGGGGCAGGGACACUGCUCAUCAACCUUCAACAUAUCAUACAUCUGUGUUGGUCGUACUGUCUGUAGCCUAAGGUACCUAUCUUGUUGUUAGGAGACUGCAGGGAGAGAUGUUAAAACAUGUUUGUUGUGUGGUAGAAGGUAUGAAUGACUGAAGGAUGCACAGAGAGCACAGGCCAGGCUGUUUCAUGUGCUUGAGACCACCUGUCAGUGUUUUAGUCAACUUAAGAGUCAGAACUAUGAAACUUCACACAUUGUUUCAUAUUUUUGUUAAUCUAUUUUCUUGCUGUAAAGGAUGGAUAUAACUUAUUUGCUGGAAAAUGUACUAGAUGUAAUAAAAUAUAUAAUACUAUGGGGGAUUUAAGUCUUAACAACACAUUGAAAUUGCAGUUGGCAAUUUUUAAGUUGAUUUUGAUGGAGAAAAAAUUCAGUUUUUUUGGGGGGGGGGGGCAGCUGCCUAUCAGUUCAGGUGGAAUUCAGGACAUUGCUCUCACAUGUCACAUAUCUGAUUCUUUGGCACAUGGGCAUUGCAGGAAUCAGGAGUUUGAAAAAGCCUACUUAGUUUUGUCGAAGCGAAAAUAGAUAUAUGGAGAAUUUGAUGGUGCUGAGUUGAUCUACCUGACUCUGUCAAAUAUAAUCUGCUGAUAAAUAUACUGUCUUGUACAAAAAGUUUGUACAUAAAUUGUACAUGAUUUCUUUUUGUAUUUUCUCAAAUUAAAAUGGAUGUAUUUGUGUUCUAAAACUG